AUGUCGCACGGAACAAUACCAUCCAUGGAGUCAGCUCACCAAGAGUUGAAGAAUAAUACGAUUAUUAUCGUGCUGGGUGCAUCCGGCGAUCUCGCGAAGAAAAAGACCUUCCCGGCGUUAUUCGGACUGUUCAAGAUCGGAUAUCUGCCCGAAGGUGUACACAUUGUCGGAUAUGCACGAACCAAGAUGUCGGAAGAGGAGUUCCACAAGCGGGGCGUGUCGUAUAUCAAGGACGCAGACGACCCAGAGACGGCGAAAAAACUGGAAGAGUUCAAGAAUGUGAUGAGCUAUGUGUCGGGCCAGUACGAGGGCGACGAAGGAUACUCGGCUCUGACCAAGGCCCUGGAGGAGAUCGAGAGCAAGUACCAGACCAAAGAGGUCAAUCGGUUGUUCUACAUGGCUCUUCCGCCGUCGGUCUUUAUCCCCGUCGCGCAAGGCCUGCGACGCAACUGCUACACGCCAAACGGCACGAACCGAAUCAUUGUCGAAAAGCCAUUUGGCAAGGACCUCGAGUCGUGUCGCCAGAUGAUGUCCUCGCUCAAGAAAGAAUGGACAGAGGAAGAGACGUUUGCGAACCUUGUGUUUAGCUCUGGGUGGAGCAACCAAGCAAUCAAGAGCGUGCAGAUUACGUUCAAGGAGCCGUUUGGCACUGAGGGCCGAGGAGGGUAUUUCGACGAAUUUGGUAUCAUUCGCGACAUCCAACAAAAUCACUUGCUCCAGGUAUUGUCUAUUCUUACCAUGGAGCGCCCUGUUUCGUUCUCUGCCGAGGACAUCCGCGACGAAAAGGUCAAAGUCCUGCGUGCGAUCCCUCCCAUCGCCAAGGAGGACGUGUUGCUCGGCCAGUACGUCGCCGCCAACGGCAAGCCCGGAUACCUCGACGACGAGACGGUGCCGCAAAAUUCGGUCUGUCCAACGUUUGCCGCGCUCACGCUAUGGAUCCAUAACCCGCGCUGGGAGGGCGUUCCGUUCAUCCUCAAGGCCGGAAAAGCUCUAAACGAGGCCAAGGUUGAGAUCCGAAUCCAGUACAAGGAUGUCACACAAGGGAUUUUCAAGGAUAUCGCGCGCAACGAGCUCGUGUUGCGCAUUCAGCCAUCCGAGGCGGUCUAUGUCAAGAUCAACGCCAAGACGCCGGGGCUUUACACUCGGGCGAUUCCGACCGAGAUGGACUUGACGUACAAGCGCCGAUUCACCGAGACUAAGAUCCCCGAGGCGUACGAGGCUCUGAUCUUGGACGCGCUCAAGGGCGAUCAUUCCAACUUUGUACGAGACGACGAGCUCGAUGUGGCGUGGAAGAUCUUUACACCCAUUCUGCACUGGAUCGAAGGACGCGAUGGCCCCGCACCGCGACCCCAACCGUACCCGUAUGGAUCGCGUGGGCCCAAGGAGCUCGACAGCUUUAUUGGCAAGUACGGAUACAAACGGCGGAUGCCGGAUAACAAAUUUGGCGAACCUGUAGGCGUUGGAGAGUUGAUUGGAUUGGUGUAUUGGGCCUCGCUUAUUGGAAUUGUAUGA